AUGAAUGCGGCUGAGUUUCUCAUUGAUCUUGCCAAAGGAAAUAUAAAGGACAAGUCUAUUCCUUCAGAGCUAGAGGAUAAGCUCUUAACUGGUGUAACACAUUUUGAAGAUAAAGAUGGAAGGCCUUCCCCUGGUGAUGUUCACGAGGAAGGUCUAUUGUUCUUUAUUUCAGAUUUUUUGGGUUUUCUUUCCUCUAUUUACAGCCGUCCACACAUUCCUACAAGAAAGGCAAUGUUAGCUAAGGAGAGAUCAGUGGAUAUGUAUAAACUCAGCGCUUAUUUAGUAGCAAGAAACACUAGUGAUCUUCCUUUGGAUCUCGUUUUGCCUAUCGUAUUAUUGGUUGUGGUCUAUUUUAUGGCGAAUUUGAAGAUGACUUUCACUGCCUCUUUGUUAACGUCACUCACUGUUUUUCUCAGUAUAAUUGCUGCUCAGUGCAAUCCAGUCUUCCCAAUAGAGCACAGCAGUAAUGUCACUUUGAAUGUUUCGGGGUUUAGGACUGGCCAUAGGAGCAGCAUUCAUGGAAGUGAAAAAAGCAACGAGUCUGGCUUCGGUUACUGUUAUGGCAUUUAUGUUGUCGGUUUCUUUAUUCAGUUAUAUAUGAUGGUCUAA